CGGAGCGGAGCGAGCCAGUUGGCGCCGGUUAGGAGCGUUAGUUCCCCGAGGACCGGCCCGGGGGGGCCCUCCGGAGGGACCAGCCAUUCCACCCGAGAGGCCCUCGCGAUCCGCUCCCUCCUCGCUGCUUCGCUGCUUCGGCCCCGGACCUCGACGGAAUCACAUUAAAAAAAGACAGUUGCUCCAACCGAGUUACGUGACAUCAACCAAACCCGAAAGCUACUGAACCAUGGAAGGGAUAUCCUUGGAAGUUGCGGUCAGAAUCAGACCUCUGCUUUCCCAAGAAGUUCUCGAUAACCACCAAGUAUGCGUGCGAAAGCUCCCGUACACCCAGCAGAUCGCCGUGGGGAACAGUCACACCUUCAUGUUCGAUUUCGUGUUUGACGAGAAUGCCACCCAAGACGACAUUUAUACGAGGUGCAUUCGCUCUCUAGUGAUAGCCCUGUUGGAGGGUUACAACGCUACGAUCUUCACCUACGGACAGACCGGAUCCGGGAAGACGUACACCAUGGGAGGUGAAUUUAAUGCCGGAGCUGGCGAGGAACAAAAUGGCAUCAUUCCACGCGCCAUCCAAGAACUGUUUCAAAGAAUCAACUGGAAAUCCCACAAUACUGACUUCCAAAUAAACGUAUCAUACAUGGAGAUCAUUAAUGAAGAACUGCGUGAUCUGCUAGAGGAUGAAGCAUCAGCGGGAGAGCUGUGCAUGAGAGAAGAUGAGAAAGGCAACACUGUGAUCGACGGACUCAAGGAGGCCCCCGUGAGGAGCCCGGUUGAUGUAAUGAACCUGUUGGAGAUGGGGAACGCCGCGACCAUCCGGAGAAACGCCCAAUCUCCUCCCAGGCCCUCCCACCUGGUCCUCAUGGUAAGCGUCUGUCAGCAGCAGGUGAAGCAACACCUGAGACAGAUGGAAGACAUGCAGUACAGAUUGCAGCCGACCCUUCAGGUCAUCAACUCCAAGUUCCUCUUCGUAGACCUGGCCGGCCCCGAGCGGGCCCCCCAGGCCGGGUCCGCGCCCGAAGCGUGCGGCCUGCCGGUCCUAGAGACCGUCAUAAACACCCUGGGGGAUUCGCGCAACAAAAACUUCUACGUCCCCUAUCACGAUUCGAAGAUCACCAGGGUCCUCAAAGAUUCCCUCGGGGGCAGCGCCAAGACGGUGAUGGUGGUGUGCGUCGACCCCUCCCACCUGGGCCUGGACGGGUCCCUGAAGGCCCUGCAGCUGGCCAGCAUGGCCCGGGGCAUCAGGAACCGCCCGGUGGUCAACUACAACGUGAACGUGGCCCGGAUGAACGAGAUGGAGAAUGAGAUACGGUACCUGCAGGACGCGCUGCAGAACCAGGAGAUCUGCUACGCCAAUCAUUUCGCCCAGAUGACGGAGAGCUUGAACCUGGGCGUGGGCAGGAUCCGCUCCCUCGAGGACCUGGUGACCCGGCUGCAGAUCGAAUGCUCGAGCUACAUGAGCAGUCUCGACGAAGCCCACGCCCUGCUGAGCAAAGCGGAGGGGGCCGGGCUCGGCGAAAGCCAGCGGGCCCAGAGGCACCAGUGGCUCCAGGUGGCCCGGGAGCUGUUGAAGAAGAGUCCGGACGCAGUGGGGGCCACGGGGGGGAGCCCCCCAGACGGCGCCGCCCCUCAGCCGAGAGAGCCUCUCGGACGCCAGGUUGAUGAAACCGUCGCAUGUCAACCGGUAAAAGCCCACGAGGCCCAAUUUAUAUCCGUGGCAUCGGAUGAUCCUUCUGAGGUGUCUGUAGAGAGACCAUUCUGUGCCUAUCCUCCCGACAAUACGAAGCAAUUCAGAAAGGGUAAAAGAGAACCAUCAACACUGAAGAGGAGGAGAUUUGAUUUUAGAACUUCUAGCAAGCGAAACAUGUUUUCAAGGGCAGCGAAUCUCCGUACAAGACAGAGAUCAAACUUAAGUCAACAGAAGAAUCAAAAGGAUACCGAAGUUUUCUCAGGUGAGAAAAUGGAAUCUCUCAAGAAAAAUAAACUAUUAAACUGGCAGAAAAAGAAGAUUUCAACUCAGAAACUGCUAGACAUUAGCCAAAAGAUAAAGGCCUUUACAAGAAGUAUCAAGAUAAAGGAAGGGCUCAUGAAGGAAUUACGACAAACAGCCAGUGAUGCCAAGUCAGAAAUCGAAAAGCUGUCUCUGGAAGUUCCGAAGCUGGAGCAAGAAGCAACGCGAGGCAAAGAGGAAUUAACCCAAAUAGAAAAGCAUUUGCGAGGUCUGGAACUCAAAGACGACAAAAAUAGUCUUUGGAAGAAAAACCUACAGGAAGAGAUCCGGAAGAAGAGCGAUGCCCUAAAGCAAAAAAGCCAGCUUUUGCAGAAGAACCGUCUGGAGUCCGCGGACCUGACGAGACUCUUCAAUAUGAAUAAGAAACGUGCCACCGAGGUCGAGCAGACCAUUAAUGACAUGAAACACCAGCAGGCCCAGCUGCAGAAGAAAAUGCGGGAGGAGUCCAAAAGAAAGAGUUGGCUGGAAGAGGAGAUGAGGUGGCAGGGAGAACAAAUCAGAACGCUCGAGGCAGCUAGACGUCAACAACGGGAAACAGAAGCCGCUGCAAUGGAUAGCAGAAAUAAUCUUCACCGCGUGCAGGCGCCUGGAGUCGGGAUGGUGCAAGGAGCCGGUUUCAGGCAGGAAGCGGGGUUCCCUCCUGUGGUUAGGCAAAAGACGUCUCAAACUCCACGUCUGACCGUGAUACCUGAGAAUUCGGAUCAGAUGGAGGUGAGUACUUCGCAGGAAUCUGAAGAGAAACUCAAGUUACAGAUCAAGACCCUGCAGAAGACGAUCUCCCAACAAGAGCAAGUGAUCCGGAAACUCGGGACGGCCCUGGAACACCUCUUACAAUGUAUCAGCUGCCUUCUGUCUCUGAGGGGACCUGGGAUGGAUCAGAAGAUGCAGCAGAUAGUGACUGAUUUCAAAGCUGCCGUUUUAAACGAAAGCGAUGGCAGCACUUUUGCACAAAUCAUGGAGACUUUUGUCAGUGAAAUCGGGAAGCUGCAGGAUGAUUUGAUUAACUUUAAGAAAAGCAACGGGGAACCGAAGAAGGAACCUACAGAGGAGAACGGAAGCAACAAAGUAGAUGAGCAGCAGCCGACAUCAGGGGACGGUGUGCAUGGAGAACACCUGAAUCGAGAAGAGAACCUCGCAGAACUCCGGUCGGAAGGGGUGUCGGAAAGUUUCAGGCAAAGCGACGGAGAAAACUUGGCAGAACUCCCGUCGGAAGACACUUUGGAAAGUCGCAAGCCAAACGACGAAGACUUUUUAGAAGAGCUCCUGUGGGAAGAGACGUCGGAAAGCUUCGAGCAGAGCGACGGAGGAGACUUUGCAGAAGAGCUCCCGUCGGAAGACACGUUGGAAAGUUUCGAGCGGGGUGACGACGGAGACUCUGUGGAAGAGCUCCCUUUGGAAGACAUGUCGGAGGGUUUCAAGCCGAGCGACGAAGAACGCUUUGAGGAAGAGCUCCGGUCGGAAGACUCGUCGGAAAGCUCCCGGAAAAGAGACAAAGAAGACUUUGCAGAAGAAUUCCCGUCGGAAGACACGUUGGAAGGUUUCGAGCGAAUCGACCAAGAAGACUUUGCAGAAGAGUUCCCCCCGGAAGACACGUGGAAAAGCGUCGAGAGGAGCGACGGAGAACCCUUUGCAGAAGAGCUCCCGUCGGAAGACAAAUUGGAAAGUUUCAAGCAAAGUGCAGAAUUAGAAGAGAUGGAUAGCCUCCGGGGAAGCCCUAGUACCCAAGAGGAUCCAUCCUCCGCUCGGAAAGUCCCGGGCCGUUGGGCUCAGCGUUCGUCAAAUAGCGGCGAGCCCCCAGAAGUAGACGGAAGGCUCUUUUAACGCCCCCGGGCCCCCGAAAAGGAGGCCCAAGAGCCCCGGCUGGGGCCGCUCCAUCUGCGUGGCCAACGGCGGUGACGGGGUUUUCUCUCGGAACCGCCGCCGCGACACCUGGGUUUCUUCCAGGAACCCAAGGAAUCCAGUGGCUAAUUUACUUAGCCAUUUCCCGAAUGCCACUUUCCAUCUCCUCCGUCUCGGGAAAGGAGGGCACGGCCCUUAGUCUCCCAAGAGUUAGCACGUGUCCUAUAGUUUAGUCGUGUUUUUGAAGGCUUCGAUGAGUUUGUCCUUUUAAAACCAGGGUAGAAUAAGGGGCCAGGUUUUCAUCUUGGGUGGUGGGGCAGAGGGGGAUGGGGAAAAGACAGAGAGGGAGGAAAA